AUGGCCUCCGCGCUGCAGCUGCUCCUCCAAAUUCCAAACCCUUCGCAUCAGAUCGGUCCCCAGAUCUUAUAUACUCCCGAAAAAGGCGCUUUCCAAAUCUUUGUUCGAUGUGUACGAGCGAAGGAAUUUGGUGACCACGAAAAGCUCUCGAAUUUCUCCAUCUCUUUCAUCGCCCUCCAAGGAAUUGAUGGCCUACAUACAAAAAUUCUGAAUUACAUAACUAUUGAGAUCUCAGUAAGAGAGCUAGCGCCAGAUCGAGUCAGCCAAAUUACUGGAGAGUGCCUCAAGGACAAGUUGAAGAGCCGUGAGCUCCGGCGGUGGCAGGAAGAGGUGAAGAGGAUCAUAAAAUCGGUUCUGCCGGCCAGCUCUCAUGCCGUUGAAGGGGAGGAAUUUGAGGGAGUAAGAGAAAAGAGGAAGAGGAGAGAGAGUUCAAGGUAUUACCGGACAACAUCGCGCUGUGCGUCAACUGCGGGGUCGCAAAAUCACGCCUCCGCUGCCCCCCGGAUCCUGUGCCAGAAAUGCUUCAAUUCGGUGAAGAGUCGCGCUGCCGCCGUGGAUAGAUCCUUCAGAUCCAGUCCGCCCGCGAGGUUUUCGAUGGAGGGGAGGUUGGAUUUUCCCCCGGUGAGCGGAGAUCCGGAGAAGGAGGCGUCGGUUGAGUCUGCGGCCUAG